AUGCUCAUUAUUUUAUUGUUGUCACCGUCCCGAGAAAUCAGCGCAACAGUAGACAUCCUGCUGGGCUCAAGUUCAGGCCAGGCCACCGUAGACUGCUUUCUCCCAGAUAAAGGGCAAAGACGGCAUUCUCCUUACAAACUGACCUAUUCACAACUCAUGUACUACCCAAAAUAUGAGGGGGCUUUAGCCUUUGCCUUGGAGCACAUGAGACCAGAGAAGAGUAAGCAUAAGAGAAAUUACUCAGAGAUGUGGGAAUGCAUAUGUGGUUGGAUGUUGACUAGUCUGGUGAGCUUUCGUGAGGAUGUCUUCAGAGCCAUGCACCUGGACCUUGACAUUGCAAAAUUGUACCUUAAGCUGCUGCUCAUUGGAGAGCUUGCCCCAGAAGAGCCUAGCCAGGAGAGACACAAAAGUUCCCAGCUGGUGGAAGAUUUCCGAGAAUUGCGGAGAACAUUAGAGGCCAUGAACAUGUUCAAGGUCAACCCAGUGUUCUUCUUCCUUCAGUUUGCCCAGAUCUUGAUUUUAGAAACUCUGGCUUGGCUAAUAGUGUGGCAUUUUGGCAGUGGCUGGCCUGUGACAAUAUUCAUCUCCUUCCUUCUCACAAUUUCCCAGGUUCAGUGUUUUUUUCUGCAACAUGACUUCGGACACACUUCUAUAUUUCCAAAGUCCAAGUGGAGCCGCUUGAUGCAAAAGUUUGUGAUGAGUCAUCUCAAGGGCCUGUCAACAUGCUGGUGGAAUCACCGACACUUCCAACAUCAUGUAAAAACAAACAUCUACCCCAAAGACCCAGAUAUUAAUACAGGCCCACUUUUUGUGAAUGGAUAUUUGAAGCCUGCCCAGAAUGGCAAGAAGAAAAUCAGUUACAUCAACUAUGAAAAGCAGCACCUGUGUUUCUACAUGGUUGGGCUCUUUCUCCUAAUGCCUGUGUAUGCCAACCUGAUGUCCAUGGAAAUGAUGUACUUAUUCUCUGAAAGGUUUCUCGAAAGUCCCUGGGUAGCAUAUGUUACCCAGAUGAGCCAUGUACCUAUGAGAAUAAGCAAAGAGGAGAACCGGGACUGGCUCAGUGCUCAGGUCUUGGCCACCUGUAAUGUUGAACAGUCCUUUUUCAAUGACUGGUUCACUGGGCAUCUGAACUUCCAGAUUGAGCACCAUCUGUUUCCCACAAUGCCAUGCCAUAAUUAUCACAAGGUGGCACCCUUGGUGAGGUCGCUGUGUGCCAAGCAUGGAUUGCAGUAUGUGAACAAGCCCCUGUUGAAAGCAUUUGGAGAUAUCACCAGGGACUUGAAGAAAUCUGCAACCCUCUGGAUGGAUGCUUACUAUGAAACAUGA